UAGUAUAUACAUAUAUGUCCAGAGAAAGGGAAGGGUAUGAAGAGAUCGGGAAGAAGUUGAAGAAAGAGAUCGAUGGUGGUAAUAAUAGUUCGAUGGGAAUAAGGAGAAAUAUGGUAAUGGGGGGCCCACACCCACCGGGCGGGGCGGGGACGACAUUAAACACAAUAACACCAUGUGCUGCGUGUAAGCUGUUGAGAAGAAGAUGUGCAGAGGAAUGCCCUUUCUCUCCUUACUUCUCACCACAUGAGCCUCAUAAAUUUGCUGCUGUUCACAAAGUCUUUGGUGCUAGCAAUGUUUCCAAGAUGCUGCUGGAGGUGCCUGAUCUCCAAAGAGCCGACGCAGCAAACAGUUUAGUUUACGAAGCCAACGUACGGCUCAGAGAUCCCGUUUACGGCUGCAUGGGCGCCAUUUCGGCUCUUCAACAACAAAUUCAAACCCUACAAUCUGAACUUAAUGCAGUUAGGGCUGAAAUACUCAGAUACAAAUAUCGAGAAGCUGCGAAUACUAUCAUUGCUUCCACUAACGCCGCCUUGGGCGCCGUCUCCGUGGCUGAGCUGCCGCAAGCGCCGCUCACCCCAACACCUUCUCCGCCCGGUCCAGCCUCGGCACCACCGCCUCGGCAGCAACCGCCGCCACCGCCGCCUUCUAUCAUCGUUUCGUCCACUUCUUCAACCCCUUCGUCUCUGUUUGCGUCCCCUUCUAGAACGGCUAGCUACAACAGCAUUUCCAAUAAUCACAUAUCAUAUUUCGACUAA